AUGUUACCACAAACACCCAUCUCAAAUUUUGAUGUUCAUUAUCAUCAUGCCAACCACCACAACUACUACAAUUACACCAACUACACCAAUAACAAUCAUUGUGACAUGAGCUCAGUUCCCUACUCUCCAGUAAGUCCUUUUGACUCUCGUAAAUAUCCCCUAUGCCAAGCACUAGGAAGAAUAUUCAACUACGAAUCGGCCAUCACACCCGAAUAUUUAUUUCCCCUGUUCUUGGAAAAAGCUCAUGAUCUGGUACAAGGUUUAUGCUAUCAGGACUUUGGAAAUAAUUCCAGCAAACAACAGGCGGCGGCAACACUUUGCAAAUAUCAACGUGAUGAUUUUCAAGGGAUAGAUGAGAAUAUUUUUGAAUCUGAGAUCAUCCCAAGUUUGUAUGAAUUGCUGGAGAUCCAUGCGUUUGAUAUCUUUUCACGUGGUGGCACUACAUGUGCGGAAUACAACAAUUUUAUGACUAGUACUGCCGGUGGUAUGGACAGUAACGACAUGGCAUCGUCUAUGACCAUGAUCUAUAAUAUCCAUCCUAUGCCUGAAACGAUCCAACAAUAUGUGAGCUCUGAACCAAGUGAUGCCGAUCUUCAGCAUUACUCUUCGAGUGACGAUGAAAUAAUUCUCUCUCCGCCCCGUCAUGAAAGAGGCUCCAUUGUGGUACCUUUUGAUGUGAAUGACAUGGAUGUACUCACCAGAAUAUUCUAUCAUAUUAUUCGAACAAGUAGAAAACUUUUUAUCUAUCUCAAUAUUCCAACAAAAUCUGGAAAAUCAUCCAAGUUUCAAGAUUUGGACUUUACAAACCUAUCACUAACCUUAAACCAUCAUCCUGCCCUUAGAAAGGGAGCAGCUCUCUAUCUAAAGAAACUCAAGGCAAUUAGGAAUGAAUGGGCCCAUUUUAAUCACAAAGAUGCAAAAAUCUCAUCCGAUCAAAUGGAUAAGGCCUUUGAUUAUACACAAAGAAUAUACAAGGAAUAUUUAACAGUGAGUCAAACAACGAAAAACAAGAAAGGGAUUGAAUAUGCCCAAAAAAGAAUUGUGUCGCUACUGAAACUUCAAAAAACCUACAAAGAUUUGAAACAAAAGAAAAAAUUAACCUCUAAAAUUGUCAACAUGUUUUAUAGGAAUGCAGAACAAGGAGAUCUUCAUUCCAAUGCAAGCUCUUCACUUGUACAAGUCUUGAAACAAAUAAUUCAAAAGAUUGAACAAAAUCCCAGCUCCCCAGAGGCAAAAAGUAUUAUGAACACCUUUCUUCUCGAUUACAUUCCUCAAUCUCCAAAAUUAUUUGAACAAAUCAAAGAGCUACGAGCACACGUUCUUUCUCAACAACAAAUCGAGUACGAAGAACUUGACAACAAAUAUCAACUCUUACUCGAAGAAACAAACACAGCUGUAAAGGGACUCAAUGCAUCCUUUCUGCUUGAUCCUCGUUUCAUUGACACCAAAUCAUUCUUUGAAUCUGUGGUGAUUGAAUUGCAACAAGCAAAGGAUCAAAGAAGUGUCACCUUCUUAAACGCAUUCUGUUUAUACUUGGUAAAGAAGGCUCUCAAGCAGUUAAGAGAAGAGAAUGUUCAAAUUUCAGACUCGGCAAUCCAAGAGUUUUUAGAGAAAAGAUCCAUCCUGAAUGAUGAGCGAAGUUUUACAAUGAUUAUGGAAGGGGAGAUUAAACCACAAUGCAAAAGAUUUAGAAAUUUUUGGAUGGUAUUGGCGAACGGAAUGUAUCUCUGCUGCAACAAUAAUUUACAAACAGCAAUUUUGAACUUUGCAUGGUGUCAAUCUCAUCUUUCAGAUCCAACAUUCCUUAAUUAUCCUCGCAUGAAAGAACCCUUUGAAGAAAUAAUUCGUAUUUUUAUCGAGAAAUGCACCUUUUGGUUAUCCUUUGAAAUUAAUACAACACCCAAUAUGACCAUUCAUGCUGUGAGAGUUCUCAUUCACUCAUGCUUGGUGUGUUGUCAAAAAUAUUCAAAUUUUAACAUGUCAGAAUCGUAUUCAAUGGUUGUAAAUACUCUUUCUAGGGUUCUCAAGAUGCAAGAAAUUGUAAGUCAGCUCAAUGAUUGGGACCGUUCAGUUCUUGAUGCUCUCUAUUUUAGAAACAGUAGUCUUGACAUGAGUCGUGUGCUCCAACAAGACAUUAAUGUUUCUUCUCUUGAUAAGAAGUCAAGAAUUUCCAUUGCUGAAGAAGCAAGAUUAUGUUUCCAAGAAGCAUGGGACCGUUUAUUCGCAUAA